UCCUUUACGUCCUCGCGGUACAUCGUGGAAAGAUGUCGGAGAGGAGAGUGCCCAGUGGAGGAACAGCGCACAUGAAACCAGCCAUAAAGAGCCAACGCCGUGGUGUUUAUUGUGAGUUUUGAGCAAACGUAAGGGGUGAGGUUUAGUCAAUCCCAUAAACGGAGCUGUCUGGCGCGAAUGGGUGGAUAAAAACGCCCCAAUCCGAAGAAGAGACAGAGAACCGCGUGAGUGCUUAAACCGAGGCCGGGGAGCCGCCUCGGCUUCUCGCUGGGGUGGGGAUGUUAUCCGUACUGUCUUAUGGCAGACUGGUAGCCAGGGCUGUCCUCGGUGGACUCUCGCAGACGGACGGGCGCGACUACAGCCUCGUCACGGCGAGCUAUGGCUUCGGCAAGGACUUUCGGAAGGGGAUCCUCAAGAAAGGGAUGUGCUACGGGGACGACGCCUGCUUCAUCGCAAGGAACAAGAGCGCCGACGUUUUGGGCGUAGCAGAUGGCGUCGGGGGCUGGCGGGACUACGGCGUCGACCCGUCUCAGUUCUCCGCCACGUUGAUGAGAACGUGCGAGCGGCUGGUGAAGGAGGGCCGUUUCACUCCCAGCAACCCGGUGGGCAUCCUGACGUCUGGCUACUAUGAGCUCCUGCAGAACAAAGUUCCCCUUCUUGGGAGCAGCACCGCCUGCAUCGUGGUGCUGGACCGACGGAGUCACCAACUCCACGCGUGUAACCUCGGUGACUCGGGCUUCCUUGUGGUGCGCGGAGGUGAGGUGGUACACCGUUCAGACGAACAGCAGCACUACUUCAACACGCCCUUCCAGCUGUCCAUCGCUCCGCCAGGGGCCGAAGGGGUAGUGCUCAGUGACAGUCCAGAAGCUGCUGACAGCUCCUCCUUUGACGUGCAGCUUGGUGACAUCAUCCUCACCGCCACGGAUGGUCUCUUUGACAACAUGCCAGACUACAUGAUACUCCAUGAGCUCAAAAAACUCAAAACCACAAACUAUGACAGCAUCCUACAGACUGCACAGAGUAUAGCAAAGCAAGCGCACAACCUCGCCUAUGAUCCCAACUAUAUGUCACCAUUUGCACAGUUUGCAUGUGACAACGGCCUGAAUGUAAGAGGAGGAAAGCCUGACGACAUCACGGUGCUGCUGUCCAUUGUAGCUGAAUAUACAGACUAGGAAGUGUGUGCUCCUAUGUGUGUGUGGAGGAGUGCGUGUGCGCUCCUUUGCAGGGCUCACUCAUCCCCUUCCGUCCGUCUGACUCUUCCUCCGCCCUGUGGCCCACUGGACACGACGCCCACUCGUCCACCCAUGUCCAUUUUGUUUUUGUUUCUUCCUCUAUUGUGUCGAGCAUCAAAGGGGAAGCAGGCAGCUAGGAUAGAUCAAUGUUGAUCAUUAACACAGGAGAAGCGCAGCACAUUAGGCAUCUAAAUUACACAUCAUUGUAUCACAACAGAUAUAGUGAGAGGAGUAAGCAAUGCUUUGGGGGCUCUUCGGGUGAAAGAAUCAACAGGUGAGCUUGAAGAAUUUGUUUAUCUAGCUCCGUUUGAGUCCAAUGUUUAGGAGUUGGCUUUGGGAAUGUGAAUGAAGGAUGAGCUAACUUGCUCAGCCCUUAGAGGGAACUAAAUGGAGUCAACAUGCAUAGGUUCUUUAGGUUUGGGACCGGGGGAAAGAUGUGCCUGUUUGCAGUUGUAAAUAGUUUUGUUUUGGGACUGUCGUCUUUACUUUUGGUUUUGGGUUUUUUAUGAUUACUGUCGUGAGUGAUGUGUUGAGAUAUGUUUGGUCAAUCCACACACUUCCAUUUGCUGAGACAAACAUUUUCUGAGAUAGUGUGAUAGGAUAAGGGAGUACCUUAAGUGUGUGAGUUAGAAUGUGUGUUAUGUUUGAUGUUUACAGAAAAACAUUACAGCAUCUGGUAAUGCUCACGAUUGCAACCAUAGGUCAGGUGUGAUGAUAAAGAGAUGUAUAUUUUCUUUUUUAAAUGGUGAUGUUUGAAA